AUGGCAGAGUCAGACUCAGAUGUUCCUAGCAAGCGAACAAGCAGGCCCAGCAAGAAGCAGACCAAACUCAACCAGAAUGUGUCGAUUGUGGAGAACAAGAAGCUUCAAGCAGCGAUUGAGAAACUUCAAAAGCAAAACCUCGAACUUCAGAAAAAACAAGUUCUCCAGGAUAAAGCUAAUCGGCUGCUUCGAGAAAACUACGCAGAUGAAUACUCUCGUGCUCACAACGGCUGCCAGCUAUCAGACCUGGAAAGCGAAGAUGAUGAUACUCCGAGUGGCAGAUUGAGUUUUUCAUCUUCAAUUCAGUCAAAGGGAUUGAUCUCUACUCCACCCAGAAAACUUCGCAAGGCUGGGCAGCCUCGUAUCCCUGCCUCACCACCAUCUCCUGAGUUGCAGAUGAUGGAAAUCCCCCAUAUCGACUUCAGGUCAAGCUCUUUCCAUCGCAUCUGCAACCAGAAAUCCUCUCCACUUCCCGGUGACUCAGAUUCUCUUUCUGAGGUGAACAACCACUUCAUGACCAACCCGACUCCUCUGCAGACUGCCACUGUUCAGCACAGUGAACCAGAAAGAGAUCCAAAUUCAUCAGCAUCUGACAAUCCAGUACAAGUAGCAGGAAGCAAGCAUGCUCGCAGCCCUCAGGCUCCUACUUCCGAGUCUGAUACCCCUUCUAAUGCAAAGAAGGCUCGCAUUGCAAAGGUCGCCGCAGGUUCAAAAGGUGUCAAUCAAUGUGAUUAUGAUGAUACUGAGGUUGAACGUACAUGGCUGCAGGAGUUGUCGGAUGAAGCUUGUGAGGAAUUCGGAGAGGUUUAUGAGCUCACUAGGGCACAUGUCCGAGGAGCCAUGAAGUCGGAUAUGAAAGCUUUGGUUGUGGCGACUUACAGCUUUGCCAUUUCCACCAAGAAAGUGACGAUUGAGCAAAACAAAAAGAAGUAUGUCAUGUUAGCGACAUGCGGUGCAUUUACCUGCAAGGAGCCUAAGGCCCUUCGACGCAGGUUCAAAAACAGGAUUAUCCCAAUGGUGAUCACUGAACACUUCUUUGGUCACAGUAAGGCACCUGGGAUUAUCUGGGAGGAUGAUUUUGCUGAUGUGAAAGUGGAGACACUUGCUCUUGUCAUGACUAUAUUAGAGCACUGCAUUGAGGAAUGGGCAGAUGGCACCUUCAAGGCACAGAAGCUCAAUGACAUAACCCAAACUCCUCAGUACCUCACUCAUCUGAAAGACGUCAAGGCAUGGUGUUCAGGGGAUGCUACGGUUACCGGAAACAUCUGUCGACUCUGGGCCAUGAAAGGAAGAACACAUGCAGAUGUGCAGCCAAAGCAGAUCAGUGAUGGGUUUAUUGAUGAUGCUGAGAAGGAGCGACUUGUUGCUGAUCUACAAGGUCGGACCGGUGAGACUGACAGUGAAGCUGAGGCCGAUGACGAGGAGGAAGGUGAUAUUGUGAAGAGUGAAGAGUAG